UCUGCGCGGACCCCCAGCAGGAGCCCGCCCGGAUACACGAGCCAAGUCCGGAGCAGCGAGCCCAGGCAGGACGAGUCGAUUGUCGCACGACGACGACGAUGAUGAUGAUGAUGGUCCGGCGGCGCGUGCUCUUCAUCCUCUCCAGCCUGUGCGCGAGCAUCUUUGGAGUGGAAGGGACAAAAAUCAAAGCAAAGGGCGGCCAUGGCCAGUUCCCCAUCACUCAGAACGUGACGGCGCUGGAGGAGGCGGCCGCCAACAUGACCUGCAGGGUGGACUUCAACGACAACACCUCCCUCCAGUGGUCCAACCCGGCGCAGCAGACCCUCUUCUUCGGGGACAAGAAAGCUCUGCGCGACAACCGGAUCGAGUUGGUGCGUGCGUCCUGGCAGGAACUGACCAUCCGCAUCAGCAACGUGAGCCUGGCGGACGAGGGCCAGUACACGUGCUCGCUCUUCACCAUGCCCGUCAAAACCACCAAGGCCUUCCUCACCGUCUUAGGAGUACCACAGCGGCCCGAGAUCACCGGCUUCACUCGACCCGCCUUGGAGGACGAAGUCAUCGCUCUCACUUGCACCACCUCGGGCAGCAAGCCUGCCGCCCACCUCAGGUGGUUCAGGAACGACAAGGAAGUACAAGGCUCCAUGGAGGUGACGCCCAGGGGGAAAUCCUUCCUGGUGACGAGCAGCUUGUACUUCCAGGUGCAGCGAGGGGACGACGGCGUGGCCUACACCUGCAUGGUGGAGCACGGCUCUCUCAACAACCCCUACAUGACCACCGAAGUCCUGGAGGUCCACUACGCUCCUCGUGUGGAAAUCAGACGUUCCAUGAGCGUCCCCCAGGAGGGACACUACUUCAAACUGGAGUGCUUCUCCCGAGGAAACCCCAUCCCAGACCCGGUGUUGUGGUCCAAAGAUGGCGGCGAGCUGCCCGACAUGGAGCGAAUGAUCGUGGAGGGCAGCGAGCUGACCUUCACGUCGCUGAACAAAACGGACAACGGCACGUAUCGCUGUAACGCCAGCAACCUCCUGGGGAGCAGCAGCGCCGAAUACGUGCUCUUUGUUUACGAUGCAAACGCGGUCGGACAGCACGGCCCCGACCACGCUCUAAUCGGCGGCGUCGUGGCGGUGGUGGUCUUCAUCACGCUGUGUUUGAUCAUCGUCUUGGGCCGCUACCUCGCCAGACAUAAAGGGACGUAUCUCACGCACGAGGCCAAAGGGGCGGAGGACGCCCCCGACGCCGACACCGCCAUCAUCAACGCCGAGGGCAACCACAUGCACACCGAGGAGAAGAAGGAGUAUUUUAUUUAGGCUUUUUCUUCUUCUUUUUUUUUACCAGACAUGCAAUUUGAAGCUGCCUCAAUGUGACCACAUGAUCGCCCACUUCCUCCUUUACUUUGUUGCCAUUUGCGGACAAUAUCUGACAUGUUUUAGCUAGCAGGACGCUUCGCUGUUAACAUCCGAUGUUAACAAUAAUGCACAGCGAGAUCCCCAAAGUCAACCCGGGGGAAAAAAAAAAAAAAGAAGCACAAUCUUCUGGUUGUCUGUCGGCGUUCCUUUUUCCCCGCUGCGACUAAAAAGCACAAAUUGUGAGGGCUGGCAGAGGAAGAAGCCAAGACCUGCUUCUCGUCUCAGGAGUGCAGAAGACUGAAGAGAUCAGUUUGCGAGUGGAAACCUGACAGACGAUUAGUUUGCGAGUGGAAACCUGGCAAACGGUUAGUUUGCGAUUGGAAACCUGGCAGACGAUUAGUUUGCGAGUGGAAACCUGGCAAACGAUUUGUUUGCGAGUAGAAACCUGGCAAACAAUGAGUUUGCGAGUGGAAACCUGGCAAAUAAUUAGUUUGCAAUUGACAACCU